ACUAUCUUAAACCCCCAAAUUUUACUCAAAACGAUGGCACUGAUAUUGGGCAUCAUUGCUAGAGCUCUGACUGUCAAAGCAUUGAUAUUAUUGGAUUCACUUUCACAUAGUUCUGUGUGACCUAAUUUUUUCCUAUCCAGAAUUUUUCUCGUCAAGUAAAUUGAUCUAUAUGUCAGUAUCACUCACUUUUCACGUACUUCUUUCUCGCUCUGACUCAUCGUGGCAGUCCUGUGAGUAUUCAAACACAGAAAAUGGUUUUUUAAAAUCUGAAUCCAAAUUUGAGACCAAACAAGUUGGCCUAAGUCAUAAAAUUAAUCAGCAGUCCAACCAUGACCUUUAUCAGCAAUUCCCCUAAAUUCUCAGCUCUUCAACACUCUUCGAGCAACCAUACCAUCGUGGGAUGAAGAUGAAACUCAGCAGUCCCUUAGUAACCCACGUGGACUCAGCAGGGUUUGCAGAUUCCAAACAGAAAGGAAGACAGGAGUGUGUCUCAGAACCUAAGAUAAUUUAGUGCUAAUAAAGGAUGUGUGUAGUCAAAACACACAUAAGCAAACAUAACACCAUGUGUCUGACUAAAAUACUGUCUUCUACAUAAACUCAUCCAUGUGAAUGAGUUUAGAAGUAUCUGAGAGGUCAGCAUGUGCAAAGUAUAUCAUACUAGAGGCUAAACUAUCAGAUCCAAUCAAUCAUAUGACCUAGUUGAGUUUAAUUUACUCAUCCUAUAUUAACUCCUAUAUUAACAGUGCAGCACCAGCCAAUCUAAUGUUAGGUUAUAUGAACCAAUGGCGAGUGUGUUAGCUUUGACAUUUGCCAUUAGGAGGCAGUGGGCUGGUGCUGUAGCUCAGUGAGUGAGAUGCUGUGUAGCAGGCAGGAAGGCCUGGACUUGAUCAGCACCCUAUAAACUAGCCAUUGGUGGUGCACCCUUGUAAUCCCAGCAUCAGGCAACAGAAACAGAGGGUCAGAGAUUCAAGGUCAUCCUCUGCUCUAUAGUGGGCUCCAGGAUAUCUUGAGAGAGGAGGAAAGGGCAUGGUAAUUGUGAUGUAGCUUGGAUAUUGGCCGUAGUCCUCUUACUUUUCAGAUCUCAUCAUGGGAAUAGCUCAAUCCCAGUUUGGUGAAUGGAAAUGCAUUCACCUGUGCCCCCGACUCCCGACAGGCUUCGGUUUCUGCAGAAAAAUACUGAAUUUCAGGAGAAUGAAAAGAUUCUGUCUCCGGAUUUUCUCUCAGUUGACCAGAUCACUGACCUGCUGGAAGAACCGGAUGUGGAUGGAAUUCAAGAGUAAGGACUCCACAAUCUCAGCCAAGUCGCGAUCAGUUCUAGGCUUUUAUUGCAAAGUGAUCAUGGUGCAUUAUUUACACAUUUUAAGCUUUUAUGUCAAACUAUGUGUUAGUAUAGUGUUCACUAAAAUAUGUCAAGUAUUGGGAAUACACAUGCACGCACAUAAGCACAAAUGCAAAGAGAAUUGACUCUUUGCACAGCUCAGCAGCCUUUCCUGAAAAAUGAGUGUAAUUCUGAAUUUUAAAAAUCUCCAGACUUGUUUAAGAGAUGCCAUUCUCCUAGACUACUACGUGUCCGGGUUCUUUUGGGCCAAAGGAAUGGACUUUUCUAUUGACCAAUAUUCAAAAUUCAUGACUUUGCUGGACAUGUUACUGCACAAUCUUCAAACACUCCACAUGUCCUUAGAGGACAGUAUCAAGUGGCUUGGGGAAGUGAUGGCAGAGAUCGGACCUAACGGUUCACGGAAGAAUGAGGAGCUGCACGUCUUUGACGUCAAAGAAGCCAACGCCAUCACCGAUUACCUGAAAAUCAGCUUAUUCCAGCACUACAGGCUCUAUGAGUUUAUGUUCUACUCGACCAGGGAAGAAAUUGUCAUCGGAACCGAGCAAACCAUAGAAGCUGUCAAGCCUGCAGACUACCCUUUCCCAGCCCCGCUGGAGGAAGGAAUCUCUUUGGACAUCUAUUCGGCCUUCAUAGAUCGAUCGCCAACACCAGAGACUGAACAGAAGGUGCCGGAUCAUGAGCAGAGCCCUCAGGAGCCCCAGCCAGAGACCGAAAUGGCAGAGGUGGAUCCUUUAGUUGGCUUCACCAUUGAUGACGUAAAAUCAACAUUGGCUCGUGUGACGGAUGAGGUUUUGUUGAACAUUCAGAAGGAGAUAAACGAAAAACUGCAAGUACAGGAAGAGGCCUUCAGUGCACGAAUAGAGAAAUUGAAAAAGGCCUGAGGACUCCUCCGUACGAGUGAAGGGAUGCCGAACUUCAGAGAAACAGACAAACCCGGCCGGAAUAAUAAGACUCUCUGGAGUGUUGUGGUGCCUCCAUGCAUCUGUGAAAGGAAAGCCCUCUUUCCUUUAUCCUGACCGAUGAGCCACGCCUUGUCCUGCCUCCCCUGUCCCACACCCACCUCUGAGUUCGCCGUGCCAAGGGCAACAACAGCACUUGUGUGCAAGAGUUUGGAGCGUUCCGUAUGAAAAUACAAGGACCGUUAGGAUGGCUCCAUGUCAUUUUGACUAAUAAAUACUACUCCUCGUCGUCGGGAAUGAAACCAGCCUUUUGAAAUAAUCAACAAAAAAAAUUGUAGAAAAAUAGUUAAGUUUUAUCCCUGGGAGCUGGAUGGGCUGUCACACUGGCGUAGCACUGUGAGGAGACGCCAUACCUUACUACAAGGGCAAACUUGCCAACCCAACAGCCACCCUGGCAUGAACGACAGGGUUGUUGUUUUUGUGUUGUUUGUUGUUGUUGUUGUUGUUUCCUUAUUUAACUCAUUUUGGUUUUCUUAUUUAAACCUUUCCAUGUGAAACCAAUUUUCUGAAAUUAUAUAAUGCAGUCUGAAGCAUUUUAAUUUAUUCUGCACUGUAUUUGCUGUUUCUAAUCUUGUUACCCUCCCAGGAGAACUCAUGACCUAUAUAAAAAGAAGCAAUGUAUAAAUGAUUAUUAAAGGCCAACCUAUAUAUAGAUUGUAAAAAUCUUAAAUACAAAUCAAACUCAGAGUUCCUAAAAUUAACCAUUAUACUGCAUAGGAAUGAUGGGGGGGGGGGAAGGUGUGUGGAGAGACUCACGGGGAAAAAAAAACCCUCAAGCCUUUAAAUACCCUCAUGAAAAUACAAUUUGAAGAUGAAAAUAGGUACGUGACAACGGUUUGUCCCUAGUUAGAAAGAUUAAUUAAUGGGCACCUAGGCCCUUUCCUAUGUUCCUUGACUUAGGAAUAUUCUAGAAUGUGGACAUAACAUUGCUGAAGGGAGAGGAAUCUCUCAUGAACUUUUGAUUCUGGGUGGCACUUGGUUGGAUAUGGGUGAUGGCCUUACUCUUUCAGUCAGGAUCCAAGGAACCAUCCAGAAUGUGUUCUUCUGGGACAGAGGUGAAGCAUGGCUACAUCUCCCAACUCCAGAGGAAUUCUUAAGAUUAAGGCAUGCUUGCUUCUCAUGCAAGAGAUAUGGGGCUGCCUCCCCUUCCCCAGAUCCUCUUCCUGCAGGAAGUGUGAAAGGCUGUAGGAGACCACCAGGAAGGCUCUUGGUCUGCAUUUCCUUAGCUGUCUUUUGGGAGACAGCAGUGGCUCUGAAGAAACCAAGGACAGGUAAUAAAGAAGCUUCUAGAAAUGAUCAAGCAAAGUUUAGUCCGAAUGACCCAUCAAUGACAUAUAGUGGACCUAAAAAAAAGUGUCCUUGAGGGAGAUAAUAGAAAGAUAGAUGGUUAGAUAGAUAGAUAGAUAGAUAGAUAGAUAGAUAGAUAGAUAGAUAGAUAGAUAGAUAGAUAAUAGAUAGAUAGAUAGAUAAUAGAUAGAUAGAAAGAUGGAUGGAUGGAUAGAUGGAUGGAUGGAUGGACGGAAGGACAGAUAGAUGGACGAUAGACACAUCAUGUAAUCUUCUUUGUAACCAUGAGAAACUGGUAGGUACUAUGAGCCUUAUUUAAUAGUGUUGGAUGGAGCCUAAUUCAUGAAGAUAAUUUAAAGCAAAUUACAAUUCAGAAUUAAUGGAUCAGGGACUAGAGAGUUGGCUCAGAAGUUAAGAGAACAUGCUGCUCCUGGAGGAGACCCAGAUUUGGUUCUCAGCACCCAUAUGAUGGCUCAUAACUUCCCAUAAUUCCAUUUCCAGGGGACCCAGCACACUCUCCUGGUCUCUAUAGGCACUAGUCAGGCAGGCAGUUCAAAUACAUAGAUGCAGGCAAAACACUCACAGACAAAAAUAAAAAUCAAACAAAUAUUUAAAAAAGGAUUAGUGGACCACAGCUUUAAAUCCAGUUGUACAUAAUUUGUAGAGGAUAAAGGUGGAAUGUAGAGAAAUUUUACAGUAAUUUUCCCAUCAUUGCACAUCUGGUAAUUGGUAGAAUUGGGUUUUGAACCUGGAGUCAAAUAAUCAAAGCUGAUAUACUCAAUCUUUGUCUUCAUCCAUCUCAUAGUGAAGAUGAACUAAAGUAAAAACUGA